CCGAUAAAGCUACGUUGCCGAUGCAAUUGCCUCAUUUCGAUUAUUUCAUCCGCGCCUAUCUGAAAUCAUAUAAGUUUUUUUGUUUUCUGUGGAUCCAUCCAUCCUACGGAAAAAAUGAUCUGAGCUCUGCGCUGAGAAGAAUUCCUGCUGCCAAUUCGAGCCGCAUCGAACUUUCAACUAUAGACACUGUGGUUGUCUUUAACAGUGAUUUGGACCCUAUGAAUGACUUGAGCAUUUUGCAAAAGAUCAAGCUAGAUUCCAAAUUUAAGCCGGUGAAGAUCUUUGGUUUGUAUUUUUCAAAGGACUACGGAAAAACAGUCAGUUCCAUUAUUCGUGUAAUUCAUGCUGUCAGAGAAUUAAAUAGUAAGGAGUCGCUACGUUGUCCCAUUAAAAUUGACUUUUUAAGGGAAAGAGGCUCACUCAACUCUUACGAAAGUGGCAAAGACACAAACUCAUCCCAGAAGGUACGAACAAUAUACAUUCGUGGAUUUUAUAAACGUGAUGGUAUUGAUCAGAUCAAGAGAUCCCUGGAACAACAUUUUGGUUUAUGUGGUGAAAUGACUAGAAUUACCGUUCCAAAACAGAAAUCUAGUCACCCAAAUGAGGAUGAUAUAAUUGGCAUAAGAAAUGCGAAAAUUAAUAAUUCACUUGAAAGCAUCAACAUUUUCAAGGUAACUACGAAAAUCUUUGGCCCAUGUGUAACAUUUAUUCAUUGUUAAGACAUUGGUAGUCGCAAAAUAGUAGCGACUAAAAAAUAG